AUGCUGCUGGUGUUCGAGUUCAGCAGUGCUGGUGUUCAGCAGUUGUUCUUCUAUUCAUUCAUUAGGCGUACGGAUUUUCUGGGACUCAAUCGGCGCGAAGCGCAUUGUGAAGACGACCUCGGGCAAAUGCCGGCUCGUCAUGGGUGUUUUCUUCGCGAUGUCGGAUUAGUCGAUCCAGGAUGGUCUGGUCUAAAACCUUUCACAUUACACGCAGCAAUGAUACUCCUCGGAAACUCCUGGGUUCCGUGA